AGAAUGGUUCGCUCUCCCACAUUUCAUUCAUAAAAAUGCAGCUCACUAUAAAAGGCGGGUCCCCCUCCCCACUCCGCACUCCCGACAUUCAAUAUCAAGCUGGCAAAUGGAAGAUAAAGAAACAAUUAUAAAUGAUAAUAAUGCACCCGGAUUCCAGCGCCGAGUUCGACUCGUCGUCGUCGUCCAGCUGCAGCACAGCAUCGCCCGGCGGGGACACCCCAGGGUGCAGCUUGCAGGACUCGCUAUCAUCAGCAGCUGAGGAUGUCGACAGCGGGGAUUCGGACUGCCUCGUCCCCACUGCUAGUGCGUUCUCGUCGGGCGAGAAGUGCACGCUUCAGCCACCUCUGGUCCCCCUUGUCUCUCGGGGGAAACGCAAAAGUGGGAGCAAGAAGGCGAAGCCCAACGGUGGCAGGAAAUGGCAGAAGGAGCAGCCCUCUAAAGAAGAGGAGGAGAGGAGGAAGAUUAGGAGGGAGAGGAACAAGAUUGCUGCAGCAAAGUGCCGGAACAGGAGGAGGGACCUGAUUGACACCUUGCAAGCUGAAACUGACCAGCUGGAGGAGGAGAAGUUGGGUCUGCAGUCGGAGAUAGAAGAGCUCCUGAAGGAGAAGGAGAGGCUGGAGCAGGUCUUGGCCUCGCACGAUUCCUGCCAGCUCCAGCCUGCCGCAGAGCGGGACGAGGAGGAUGCGACGAUGCAGGAGGCACCGGCUUCUCCGCAGAUGAUGUCGCCUGAAUGCAGCACGGGUCAAGAGCCGGAGCCCUGCAUCCCGGCUGCGGCCAUCUUGGGCAACUCCGACAUCCUCCUGUGCUCCAGCGCCGACGAAGCGUCCCUGGCGGACCUGAAGGACGACUUGGACGACCUGGUGCCCAGCCUGGAGAUGGAGGGGCUGACGUCCGAGAAGGCCGGGGCGGCCUUCGUCCCUGACAUCAUGGACCUGAGCGGGCCUCUCUGCCUCCCCGACUGGGAAACCCUGUACAAGUCCGUGGCCGGGGAUCUCGAAUGUCUGCCGUCUUCCAGCCCCGCUUGCAACUACCGCAGCGUCUUCUCCUUCAACCUCUCGGAGAUGGACACCCUGGCGGAGGGCGGCGAGACGCUCAAAGGCGGCCUCAACGCGUCAGAGUUCACGAUGGACGGUCUCAACUCUCCAACGCUGCUGGUAUUGUAGAUGCAAAGAGGGUUUAUAUGCAAUGAUGCUCACGUUGUAUCCUAAGCAGAUUGUUGUUGUUGCUAUGUUGUGUACAUGUUUACUGUAUAUGGCAGGGUUGACUUCUUCCACUCUGAUGGUGCAAUCAUCUGAAGUGAUAAAACAUGCAUGCAAAAAGACACCAUGUGUUUUAUCCCUAUAUUGUCACGUGACGACUGUUGUGUACAUUCUGUAAACAAACGUGUGGUUCAAUUAAUUAUAUACUAAAUGCAUCAUAGUUGGGUUCCUAAAGUGUAGCAUUUAAAUGUUUCAACAAUGUUGGUCCAUCUAUUUUGAGACGUAUUUUAUCACAUAGUUUUAUUUUUGUACCAAGUAUAUCAGAUGCAAUGGGAAAAAAAACAAUAAUAAAAAGUGGUAUUAAA